AGUAAACAAUUUUUUGCGGAAAAAUAACAAAUAAAGCUUCAAACUUAAAAUUGCAUUUAAAUUAAUUAAUCAGGAUCUAAGAAUGCCACAGGACGAUUCAGGUGACGAGAUCAUUCCUGAAGGAUGGGAGAAGAGGAAAUCUAGAUCAACUGGGAUGGUUUAUUACUUGAAUAUCUAUACAAAAGAAUCGCAAUGGGAACUUCCGACGAAAAAGGCAACAAAUGAACUUUCUGAAGUUGAGGCUGCACAUUUGCUAGUUAAACAUGCUGGAUCUCGUCGUCCAUCAAGUCAUCGCGAAGAAAACAUUACAAGAACUAAGGAAGAAGCUCGUGAAUUGCUCGAAGGAUAUAAGCAGGAAAUUGAUGAUGGAGCUGAUUUUGGAGAAAUGGCAUCAAAGUAUUCAGACUGUAGCUCAUACAAGAAGGGGGGCAGUUUAGGACGAUUCAAGAAAGGUGUCAUGCAAGCAAAAUUCGAAGAAGCUGCUUUUGGACUCAAAGUUGGCGAAAUGAGUGGAAUUGUGGACACAGACAGUGGAUUACAUAUAAUUUUAAGAACAAAAUAAUUCUUUAUUGUUUAAUUCCAUUUUUAAUUAAUUAAUUAAUUUUUUUCCAUUUAUAAUUUCUUAAUCAACACUUUUGCUCCAGCAUGUGAAAGUUUAGUAAGCUCAUCCUUAACGCCUACAAGCAUUUCCUUCAAAUUCGCCUUUGACUCGUCCUCAGAGUGCUCCAAAAUUUCAUUAAUCACGAAACAUGCUCGGUUUAUUUUAAUCCAUUCUUGCAACUGAAAAUAAAUGUUUUAUUAGUCAAUGUAUGUCCUAUUAUGGACAAGACAAGAAGAAAUAUGUCAAUGUCUCUAUAAAAUUACUCACAAUUUCUUCAUUGAAAUGUUUAAUAAAACAGUUAGCGAAUCCAGUAAGCUUAGCAAGUUUCUUAAUUGCAAUGUGAAGUCCACUGUGCUCAAUUCCUUUAACUGAUGCUACUUCCUUCUCCACAACCUUAACUUCUAUUGGAUUCUUCUUCUUUUUCUUGAUUUUACCAGUGUCUACAAGUUCUUUCUUUUCUUCGUGUGCUGUAAUUGGUUCCGUUUCAUUUACCAUCCAUUCUGGAUCACAAAUAACUUCACUGAUUGCAUCAAAUGAAGCUGUUUGAUUCUCAUUUGAUGGAUUUACAUUUUGUAGAAUUGCUACUGUUACUCGAGCAAUGUGACCUCCUUGAAUCCAGAAUUUUGGAUUCUCCUUAAUGGCUGCACACAGUUCACUUUCAAUGCCAUCAACAAGUUCUUUACGUCUGAUUUCAAUAUCCUUCUUUUGUGCACCAAUUUUAAGGUCAUCUGUUAGUUCCCGAAGUAUUUGUGGAUGUAAAAACUCCUUUGUUGGUGAUACAAUGAAGUAAAUCACUCGCUUGCCAUAUUCAGUUAAUGCUAUUUCUUCAAUAUUCUUAACAAUUUGCGUGAAUAAAGUCUUCUUGAUAUUCAGUGUGUCAUCAGUAGCAUUAAGAAUUUCCAAGACGAAAACAUGUCCAUGCUCAUGAAUAGCAAGCUUAACAAUGUGAUCCUUGAUUGAUUUCAACAUAGCACGACGUUCCUUAGCGACUGAAUACAGAUAACAAAGUGUUGCAGCACGAGAACCACAUUUAGUGGAUGCAAUAGCUGCAAUGUGUGGAAUAUAGGCAGUAAUGACUUCAUUACGAUCCUUCUCAUCAGCUGCUUCUAAAUAUUCCAACAAUACAGCAUGAACUAAGCUAUUAUCAACAUGAUUCUUGGAUGCAAUUUUAGUUAAAUUCAUUUUUGUGCUGUUUAAUAUUCCAUUUCUCAUCAUUUCUGAGCCAGUCCAUGUAUCUUUUAACGUCUUGACAGCUUUGUUCUUAUCAUUUUUAUACAAGUCUGAAUAAAGUUCUUGUUUCAUAAAGUUCUUUUGAUCAGGUGUCGCAUGAUUAAGAUAUAUCAUGUCAAUUAGUCCAUUAGAAAAGUUGUGAGUUGUUAAUUUCACAAUAUUUGAUAGCAUUCCAUUGACUGCCUUCUCACGAACUUCCUUUCCACAAUAUGUCAUUAAUCUUGACACACAGAACUUGCCGUACUUUGACAAGGCAACAUCAUUAAUGAAUGGAAUAAUUUUUUCAGCUAUUUCAUGCUUAAUCUUUAAUGAUGCUUUCUUUAACAUCAUUUGAAUGAUUCGUGCUCUAUCUGGACUAUGACUUAAUUUACUGUAAUCUGCAUUUUCUAGCAACUUUUGUAAUUCUUCACAUAGUUGUUCCUUAUUCGUUUUUGUGCUUUUCAUCUUCAAUUCCUCAUAGAUCUUCUUGCAUUUAACAUCCAGAUCAUACAUGUCCUUAUUUUUAUUGAUUUUUCGCUUAAUUUUAAGUUCCUUCUUCUGCUGCUUUAUCUCAUUCCAGCUCUGUUUUGGUGGCUCAUGACUUAUUGGCUUCUGGAACUUGUUAUCGCCGUAAUUCUUUGAUUUUCCAUCAUAAUUUUUCGAUUUUCCAUCAUAAUUUUUCGAUUUUCCAUCGAAUUUCUUAGUUUUUCCAUCAAACUUUGGUUUUUCUUUAAAGUUUCCAGCCUUGACUUUCUUCUUGUCUGGUCCUGCUUCCGUUUCACCCUUUAAUUCACGCUUAAUCUUCUUUUUUAAUUCUGUCAUUUUCAAAUGUUUACUUUUUAAAAAUUCACGUGUUUUCAAAUUUCAAUGC